AUGCGAUCUCAGGCCUGCGAACCAUGCGCAAAGCGCAAAGUCAAAUGCGACAGAGCAGAACCGCCGUGUUCUAAUUGUAAGCGUCGCAAGCAUGAUAAUUGCACUUACCCUGAAGUCUCGCCUUUUGAGAGGAUAAGGAAAUUGGAGGAGGCGGUGAGAGCGCUGGGUGGUGAUCCGUUGUCUGAUACGCCUCAGAAAUUGAGAGGGCAGAGCGUGAAGAAUAGUCCUGCGGAGGGGACUAAUGCUGAGACGCCGAUUAUUGUGCUGGAGGAGGGAAAGUCCGUUUAUCACGAGUCAGAGGGAUGGCAUACCUGGAUCGAUGUUUCACGUCUUUACAAAGGCUCCAAGCCAAAGUUCAAUGCCUCCGACCCUCGAGGUUCAGCCUUAUCACCAGGCAAGCAUCUUCCUCACGCGUUCCAUGGCUCACCAUGGCGAGAUAACGCCAUUCUCUCAGAGAAACUCGACUUCUGCCCCAUAGCCACCGAAGAGGCCUUAAAGUUAUGGGACUUUUUUAUGGAGCGAGUAGAGCCAAUUGUCAAGAUCAGCUUCAGCUGGACGCUUACCUAUUUAAGGGCCGCUCUGUCGGAUGCUGAGAAGUGGAGAAGACUUGAUAACGGAGACCAUGUGCUCAUAUUGUCAACUUGUUUAUUUGGAGCUACGAGUUUGACGAAUCAAGAGUGCCUAGAUCUAUUCGGUCGCACGAAAGCGUCUCUUACGAAUGAAUGUCGCGUUCAUUGUGACAUGGCGUUCUCAAGGAUAAGUCUACUCGCCAUUGACAGCAUCUCAACCUUGAAAGCUAUGUGUCUGUACAUCAAAGCCAACGUCGACGUCUUGACUUCCCGUAGCAUGUGGACUUUGAUGGGUCUCAUCUCCCGAAGCGCAGAACAACUCGGCAUGCACCGCGACGGCACAGUACUAGGUCUUUCACCGAUUGAAACAGAGGACCGUCGUCGACUCUGGUGGCAGCUUCAACACCUCGAUCUGAUUCUUUCACUGAAAAAUAAUGUCACUCCCUUGUCCUUUGGCGCGGGCUGGGAUGUCAGGCUUCCUUUGAACAUUGAAGACGACGAUCUUGAUCCAAGUUCAAGAAUGCCACCGAAAGACCGAAUUGGUCUGACGAGUUUCUCGUAUACGCUGUUUACGUACUGGAUCAUGGAGAAGCAGCGCGGUUUUCGACUGACACAGGCGAGCCAGGCCACAGCGGGUGAUAAAUCUCUUCUUGGCUGUUUGGCUGACUCUAUGAUUGACGACCUCGAGGCUGGCCUCAACGAAAACUUUCUGCAGUAUUGUGAUCCCAUCAACCCGUUACAUGCGAUAUUACAGAUUACCGCGCGGGCUGUUGUCAACGUUUUACGGCUGAGGAAGCUGCAUGAAGCUCGCAUGCGAUCUCAGCAUAGCGAUGAUCAAUGCCAUGUUGAGCACUUCAAUGCUUGUAUGCAGGGUAUGCGAUAUAUCGUUGUCUCUCAUUCAAAUCUUCAGCUGAAGCCGUUUAUAUGGCUUGUAGAGAGCUCAUUUCUCUGGUACGCUUUUAUUGGAAUCUUGGUCGACAUGUCGAACUUGGCAGAUGUCAACCUUAUCAAAUCAGCUUGGACACUACUCUCGCAGCUUUACGCCGUAGCAGGUCAUUUAUCCGACCUUGAAGACGACAGAAGAAAAUCUCAUGCUGCAAGAUCAGUGGUUGCAACGUGGUAUGAGUGCCGGCAGAAACCAGGCCUGACUGCGAUGCAGAAGCCAGGGUUUGUCACCAAGCUUGAGAAGGACUUGGCCGAGCUGGAAAGCAAGACAAUUGCAGACGUAGAAAGCCAAGUCGGUGUUCCACAGGAGGUCUGGCAGACUCGACCUGUAGAGACUGAACUGCAGCCGUUUGGGUUCGAGUUCGCGGAUAUUGAUUGGGCAUUUUGGGAUAGUAUUAAUUAGACCAUCUCUUACUGCUUAUUCGUAGCGGUUGCAGUAUCAAGACCCUGACUUCAAGC